AUGAAUAAGGAUGUUCAGCACUGCUUUUCACAGGAGAGACAAUCUCCAUCACGAUUUUCAGUUUACACCAUAGAACAACUUCUUUCUAAAGACGCGUCCAAAUGUACACCGCUCCAUUCCUCCGGCCCGAACAUGCUCAACACCGGUGAUACGGGGCAGCCUGAAAAAGAUAAAGCGUUAAGUUUGAGAAUGGUUAACAUGCUAGAACCAUCAAAGAAAACUUCACAUAUUUCUCAAUCUUCAUAUAUCAGAGAGGCGUUACGGAAGAAGACAACAAACUCAAAAACACACAGUUCAGAAUCUCAUCACCAAGAUGACAAGAAAAAGGAAUGUUACGCCAAUCCUAAUUUUUCUGGUCAAUCGAAUGCAAUUAGCUCUCGGACUUCAGACAUGAACGGCUCUACCUGUCCUCCAGAAUCUGUGAGAGGAUUCAUAGAUGGGGAUCUUUACACCAACAAGCCAAGGAAGAUCAGAAGGAUUCGAACAACGUUCACGACGUUUCAGUUGCACCAAUUGGAGCGGGCGUUCGAGAAGUCUCAGUAUCCCGAUGUUUUUAUUCGAGAAGAGCUCGCCACGCGAUUGAAUCUAAGUGAAGCGCGUGUUCAGGUGUGGUUUCAAAAUAGACGAGCUAAAUGGAGGAAACAAGAAAAAGAUUUCGGAUAUGAGAUUCCUAAGUGUAGUCCUGGAAUGAACAUGCUCUUUUCCCCUGGCAGAGAUUUCCAGGGACUACUUCAUCCUUCUCGUAGCCCCCCAGGAAUGGGUCCUCUAUGGGGCAAUGGACUGCAUAGUUCUCUGUUCACCUCAGCUCUCAAUGGUCUCUCUAGUUAUUUCGGCUUAAACCACCUGUUCUCAGCUAGCAGUGAAGCUGGUACAUCGGGAAUUGAAGCAGUUCGUCAGACUACACCGCGGUCCAUGACCGACCGUGUCGAUCCACUCACGUCGGCCCUUCUCUCCGUUUGCAUGAUGAACUCAGCGGGUGUGCCUACCAGUUUCCCAACUCCAACUAACACUGCCAAUAUCUUGCCUCCCUCUUUCCACCAACUCGGCCCUUUCCACGAAAUGGUGCGAAACUACACAAAGAAAACUUCUCGACUGAAUUAUGAUCCUGCAAAUUUCAAAAUGGCCGUAGACAGCGUGAGGAAGCAUCGCAACGCUUCACGAUUCCCAAAAUAA